GUCAAUGAAAAUGUCACUAACGUCAUUAAAAUCAACAAUGUUUGUUUUUGUGGCUUUCGAGGUUUUUGGCUUGUCGUUUUUGCAGUUGGUAAAGACAGCGUGAUACCUUAUCGUUAGAUUCACACUAACGAUUUAAAUUUUGAAUGUUCUUUGGUGUAUCACUUGUAAUUAAUAUUUGUGAAAGUGCUGGUUAAUGUAACACAUAUAAAAAUAACGUGACCAUGACUGCUCAUGUGCAUUGUUAACAAUUAAUUUCAAGUUCUAAUUAAAGCGUGAUUGGAAGAAAUGGGUGACAGUUUAACCGAAUGUAUGGAGAUUUUCUCCCAGGACGGGGUGCAACUUAAGACUGCACAGGCGUCUUUCGUCAACUAUUUGAACCUUGUUGGAACUUUAUACAUAACAGAAUAUGCAAAUUCGCAUUGCAGGAGAUGUCUUGAGUGGAAGCCAAAUGAUGUAACUGUUGAUUCAGACGUCCAAGAUCAAGAAUGGGCUGUUGUUAAUACUGUCCAGAAACGGUCGAGAACCUACAGUGAAAGCCUCCCACCAGAUUCAACAAUCAAGCCCAAACUCUUAAAAGUCAAUUUCGACGAUAUUAAAAGUUUCAAAACUUCGAAUAAGAAUCGUCAAUUGACUCUAUUUGAUGGCAAAUCUGAAGUUAUGUGUUGUUUUAUGUUUCAACACGGGAAUUGUGAUUAUUUAAUCACUGUUUUAAGGGGCAUGCUUAAAACGAUACCUGCGAAAAGAGAUAAGCAUCUUUUUAUUGUUAUACAUGAUGAUAGUCUUGAGGCAGCACAAUUGGACAAGUCUUUUGCUGAGUUAAAUAUCUUUCAAGACCCUCCACCCACAUUGUGGAAGCUUGUGAAAAGUUUUCAUGAUAGGCCUUAUGAAACCACACUAGAGACUUUUGCCAAAGUCACCGAUUUUGUUUACAGAAGUCCAGAUCAAAGAGAUAUCGACGACGAUCAAAGAGAACUGUUGCAUCGAAGUCUUACCGAGUAUGCAAGUUCACAUUCUCAAGGAGAUUACGAAGUCAUAGCCAAAGUUCCCGAACUCCCUGAACGAAAAGACUACCCCCGAGGGCGACCCUUGAGUGCCGAACAGUGGAAAAAUCUUCAAAACCACGAAGGUAAAAUCGAGGAUGUUGAACAAAUCAAACUUAUGAUAUUCCGAGGAGGAGUGGCGCCGAAUUUGCGCUACGAAGUGUGGAAAUAUCUCCUGGAUUACUUCCCCUGGGAUAGCACCCAAGCCGAACGCCAGAAACUGCUAUGCGAAAAAAACGACGAGUAUUACAAUAUGAAACUUCAGUGGAAACGAAUGACAAAAGUGCAAGAGGAUAAUUUCUCGGAUUAUCGCGAACGGAAAAAUCUGAUCGAAAAGGACGUCAAUAGGACAGACCGGACGUUGGAUUUUUACGCCGGAGAUAACAAUCCGAAUUUGCAAUUACUCUACGAUAUUCUUAUGACUUACAUCAUGUACAACUUUGAUCUAGGUUACGUUCAAGGCAUGAGCGACUUGCUUUCGCCCAUUUUGCACCUCCUCAAAAACGAAGUCGACGCCUUUUGGUGUUUCGUAGGAUUUAUGAAUAAAAUUAGCUCUAAUUUCGACAUAGACCAAGCCGGGAUGAAGGAACAGCUCCAAAACUUGCACACUUUGCUUGGUUUCAUCGAACCUCAACUUGUUAAUUACUUAGACAAACACGAUUCUGGUAACAUGUUCUUCUGUUUCCGGUGGCUGCUAGUUUGGUUUAAAAGAGAACUAAAUUAUGACGAUGUGAUGCGGUUAUGGGAGGUCUUAUGGACAGGGCUGCCGUGCGAGAACUUUCAUUUGUUAAUCUGCGUCGCAAUUUUAGAAACGGAAAAACAAGAACUUAUGGAAAAUAAUUACGGCUUCACUGAAAUUCUGAAGCACAUUAAUGACCUGUGUGGAAAACUAGACGUUUCAGCUAUUUUAGUUAAAGCCGAAGGAAUUUUUCACCAAAUCAAAGAAGCCGAACAUUUGACCGACAAUAUUCGGAUGAUUUUGGGACUUCCCCUUGUUGGUGUGCAACAAUAUCCCGAAGAAAUUCUCAGUACAAGUCCUGAUAGUCCAGAUGAGGAUCCCUACGAGCGGGUUUAUGACUCAAUGCAACACAUUAUGACUUGAGACAGAAAUUGAUAGUAUUUGUACUUUUGUAGAAAAGCUAGAUGUGUGCAUAUUUUUAAUACGAAAGCUAAUUUUUGUCUAUUUAACUUGUUGCAAACUCAAUUUAAUUAUUGUUUAUAUUUACAAGGUUGUUAUUAUGUAGAAUACUUUAUCAAGUCGGUGAAUUUUACUGCUUUUAGAAGAGUUUCGGCAAAGUAUAACUUUUAUGACAAAUAAAUACUUUUUAUGAAAA